AUGGAACAGGUCAAAGAGAAGAUGGAGAAGGUCAAGGACGGCGUCAAAGAGAGUCUGGUGGGAGUCGAAGACGAUGCUGCGCAGACCUCGCAGCAGACACGCUCGGAAUUCCGCGCACACGCCAUCAAGGACGCGGAGACCGGCGAGUACUACAUGGGCGAGAAAGAAUUCAUUGAUGCCGUUGCACCGGAAGGUGAAGAUUAUGUGAGUCUCCUCCACGGCUUCUCACAGUCAAGUACUGCACAACAAGAACAAAUACCACCAAUGGUCUGCACGGCUCGGAUGCAAGCUGACGAGAUGAUAGCACAAGAUCAAGCGCGAGCAAUACGCCCUCCUCUUCCAGAUUGCGGAUCGCAACCAGAAGAAUUGCGUCACGCUGCAAGACUGGUCCGUCUUCAACAACCUGCUCAUGAAACCUGAUGCCGAAUACGAGAUCGCCUUUCGCCUCUUCGCCGAUCCGAACAAUGGAGUCGUGGACUUCAACACGUUCAAGGAAGUCUAUGCGCGCAAUAAGACCAGCGACACCAUUCCCUUCAAUUGGGACAGCGACUGGGCAAAGCUAUACCUGGGCGGCAAGCGGCACCGCCAUUCGAUGACAUACCCGCAGUUCGCGCAGAUGUUAAGGGGCCUGCAAGGAGAACGAGUUCGGCAGGCUUUCCUGCACUUUGACAAGGAUGGCGACGGCUACAUUGAGCCCGAGGAGUUCCAGCGCAUCAUUGUGGAGACGGCAUCUCACAAGCUGUCAGAUCACUUGCUCGCCAAUUUGCCCACACUCUGCAACAUCAGCCCAGGCUCGCGGAUAUCGUAUGCGAAUGUCCGGGCGUUCCAGAAUGUGAUUCGUGAGAUGGAUCUGGUCGAGUCCAUCAUUCGACAUGCUAUCGGCAAGUCGGGUGAUGGCAAGAUCACUCGGGUGGACUUCCUCAACGAAGCCCAGCGAAUCACCCGCUUCUCCCAAUUCACGCCCAUGGAGGUGGACAUUCUCUUUCACUUCGCCUCGCUCGAUCAGCCGUCAGGACGACUGGGCAUUACCGAUUUCGCUCGUGUGCUGGACGCAAGCUGGCAUUCAGGACCCAACGGAGAUGGUCAACCGCUCAGUGGUGUAGGCGACAUUGCCACAAAGGCCGUUGCCAAGUCGUCUGGCGUCCUGCAUAAUAUCCUCACUUCGGUGCAUCACUUCGCGCUUGGUUCUCUGGCAGGUGCCUUCGGCGCUUUCAUGGUCUAUCCCAUUGACCUUGUCAAAACGCGAAUGCAGAAUCAGCGAUCCUCAUCAGUGGGACAGCGUCUGUACAAGAACAGCUUUGACUGCGCUCAGAAGGUCUUCAGGAACGAAGGGUUGCGCGGCCUUUACUCCGGUGUUCUUCCCCAGCUGGUUGGUGUCGCGCCCGAGAAGGCUAUCAAAUUGACAGUCAAUGAUCUGGUUCGCGGCAAGUUUACCGAUGUCAAGACCGGCAACAUUCCGUUCUGGGCAGAGAUGCUUGCAGGUGGAUCGGCUGGUGGGUGCCAGGUCAUCUUCACCAACCCGCUCGAGAUCGUCAAGAUUCGGUUACAGGUUCAGGGUGAGGCCAUCCGUGCCGCCGCUCAAGAGGGGGAGCAGCUUAAGAAACGCACCGCCCUCUGGAUCGUGCGCCAUCUUGGUCUCAGCGGUCUCUACAAGGGUGCAUCGGCAUGCCUGUUGCGUGACGUCCCCUUUUCUGCAAUCUACUUCCCCACCUACAGCCAUUUGAAGAAGGGCCUCUUUGGCGAAUCGCCAACCAAGAAGCUCGGUGUUGUCCAACUUCUGACUGCUGGUGCCAUUGCGGGUAUGCCUGCUGCAUACCUCACAACUCCAUGCGAUGUCAUCAAAACUCGUCUCCAGGUCGAGGCGCGUAAAGGUGACACCUCGUACACCAGCUUGCGCGAUUGUGCCCAGAAAGUGUUCAAGGAAGAAGGUUUCAAGGCGUUCUGGAAAGGAGGACCGGCUCGUGUGGUGCGGUCAUCCCCUCAGUUCGGCUUUACACUCGCCGCAUACGAAAUGCUUCAGAACCUCUUGCCGAUGCCGGGAGAGCACAAAGAAGAGGAAGUGCGCGGCACCCUCGAGCCCAUUGCUGGUCUACAAGAAGCCAAGGCGCCACUUCCUCACUUGCGGUGCCGCAACGCACUGAAGAUUAUCAACGACCUCGACCUUGGAUUCGGCAGGAUGAGGGCUCCUCACCCGGAAGGUGGUCUGACGAGCUGGAUGGGCGGCAAGCUGACUGGCUCUCCGCAAGGACAGACGCAGUCUCCACCAACUGAGAAGUGA